AUGGCGGCGGCACGGCCCCUCCACCACCGUUCCGAUGCACUUCCGGCGCGUGUCGAUGACGUCACGAGCCGCUUCCGGUGGCGCGCGAUGCGGGUGCUGGGCUUGUGCCGGUGGCUGCGGGGCGGGACGGUGCGAGCCCUCGGACGCGGGGCGGCCACUGCGAGCUCCGCGCCGCCCCCGCAGGACGGCGUCACGGUGGAGGUUCUCGACCACCUGGAGCGCCUGGCCCUGGUGGACUUCCGCGAUGCCGAGGGCGUUGAGCGGCUGCGGAAGGCGGUGCGGUUCGCUGAGCGGCUGCGGGAGGUGAACACGGAGGGCGUCGAGCCGAUGGACUCGGUGCUGGAGGACAGGUGUCUGUAUCUCCGGGAAGAUGACGUUACAGAGGGCCGCUGCACGGCAGAGCUGCUGAAAAACGCCAGAGAGAAAGUAGAGGAAUAUUUCGUAGCCCCACCAGGUAACAUCCCUUUACCAGAGCUGGAAGAACGAGAUACUGUCCUGAAGGGUUCAUAGUGAGAGAACUCAAAUGCUUUAUUUGGGAAAACUGUGUUUUGUGUGGUCACAACUGAAAUACCCCAGCACGAAUUUGGAUCCACAGAACACUUGCUCUGCUAAACUUUCUGUCCAUCCUUCUGUAAAUUCUCUUGGUGCUGAAAUACUUGAUGUUUAUGAAAGGGCUUUAAAGAGAACAUUAAAAACUGAAGGUUAAAACAGAUAGUUUUAUUGAACUAGUUUGUUAGGAAAACAAGGGAAGGUUGUAUCCAACAUUUCUCAGCUGGCUGAGAAGCUUCCUCACUGAACCUGUACAAAUCAGAGACAAGGUAAGGUCAGGCUUGUUGAGGAAAGGCAGUGACACGUUUGAAGAAUGCUUCAGCAAACCAGAACCAGAUAGCCCAGACCAUUCAUUUCCAGGCCACAGUAACUGGACUUAAAGGCUUAAAACCAAUCUUUUUCUUCCCAUGUGGUGCCCCUCCAAAUACAGAUUUAAGAAUCCAGAUUUAUUUCCUCCGGCUGUAAUGCCAUGCACUAAAAAAGAUCACGACAUGCUGAGCCACAGUGAAAUUUCUGAAGUGCUAGAAAAGACCCUUGAAGUUGUUGUAAUGGAAUACUGCUGGUCAGCAGUUUUAAGUCUGCUCCUGUGGCUCUUGAGAUGUGCCAGGACAGGAGGAUCUUCCACAGCUCCUGGCACAAACUCCUCGAGGGCAGAAACUCCUCCUCAGAUCAGAAUUCAGUGUCGUCCACUUCACACAAUGCGUGUUCUGUAUCUGAUUGCAGGAAAAAAAAUUACUCCCACUUUGCUUCUCUGUAUUUCUGUAUAAUGAACAACACCAGCUUUGUGCAUGUGAUGC